UGUGCCUGGAGUUGUUUACACCACAGGAGAUGAGGGUGAUUUGUGACUCUCUGAUGCAUUACAUUCAGACCUGCCUGAGCGGCGUAGCCAGGCUCGGUCCCCACUCAGCGCAAACUCCGCAGCGAACCCCUCUCCCCUUAAGCAGAGCCAGGGAGAAUGGGAAGCUGAGGUGGAGAAAUGGGGUGUCCUGGGUGUCCUACAGUGGGUGAGAUCCAGACCCACUGGCACAAUGUUAAAAGUGUGUGCUUGUUCUGCUCCUCUGGCCUCAACUGCUCCCCUACGCCUCAGGAGAGGGAGGGACUGAGUCUGGCUUUCUCCCCCAGAGCCCCCACAACUACCCCCUACCCAGCCCCUGCUAACCAGCCUUGGGGGAGGGGCAGAGAGAAUGGGGAUUUCCCCAGUCCCAGCUUCAGAGAAAGAUAGUCAGCAGGUGGCUGCCAGUUCCUGCCCUCAGCAGCUGGCAGGAUGCGGGCUUCUGAAGGUUGUUACUGCUGUUGUCUCUCAGAGCACCUGGUUCUUGAUUCUGGGGUGGUGCUGGACCUGAAGGAUGAGCUCCUGGGUCUUUAACCUGAGUGUUCCUCUAUUCUGUGUGCAGUUGUGUGUGUGUGUGUGUAGAGAGGGUAACAGACAUCCAGACCUCGCUAGAAGAGGGGUCAGCAGACCCAAGGAGAGAGGAACUGGGCGAGCCCACCCACGACCCUCAAGUGCUGCUGGGAUUGGAGUCUGGUCUCUGCCCCCCAGUGUAGGGCUCUUUGCACUGCCUUUCAGUGCAAUCCAUUUCCAUGUUUAACCACUGAACAAACGUUUGCUGAGCACCUACCAGGCACAAGUCUAAAUGGGAGCCACAGGCAAUUUGGGACAGAACAGUGAGCUGUCUGAUGUGGGGAGCACUGGGUUCUGGGGGAACCUGGGACGGGUCAGGGCUUGAGUCCCCUAAAUCUGAGGAGACCAGGAGUAACUUCCUGAAGGAAGUAAGGUUUGAGCAGAGGCUAGAAGCAGAGGAGACAGGUGACAUACAGGACAUAUUCUUGGCCUUCACCUUGCUCUCACGAUGUGGUCAGAGAAGGGUCAGCAGGAGCAGGUCCCCAUGGAUCUUGAGUCGCGUUAAGGAGUUUGGGCUUUGUCCUGAAGCUGGUGUGCAGACAUCGAAGGGCCGCACGCAGCAAUAGCAAGAUUGCCUUGGUUGCAGUUCGGAGCAGACGGAAAGGUCGAGCCUGGAAACCUGCAGUACUCCACGUGAGGAAUGAGAAGGGCCUGCACUAGACCUCAGCAGGGGAGCGGGAAAGGGGGCUGUGGCUGUCAGAGGCGUCGAACAGAAUGGAGAGCUGUUGAGGAGCAAUUGGAGGUGGUCACUGAGAGAGAGGGCGGUGUCUGGGUGACUGUGGGUUAUAGAGAGAAAGCAAGUUAGAGGCAGGAACGAUACCUAGCUUUGGACAAGGUGGGUUUAUGGUGCUGUAGGUGGACAGCCCCGAGGAGAAGGGCAGAAGACAGCCGAGUGCUCGGCAGAGAGCUCCAUCCUGCGUGGAGCCUGAUAUUUUUGUACCGAGGGCGGGGAUUAUUAACUAACAUUUACAGAUAAAGCUCAGAGAGACCCAGCAGCUUGUCCAUAGUUACACGGCACUGGAGCAAGAACUUGGACUCAGAUGUCUGGAUUUCAAGUUCUGUGGUGUCCAUGACCCCCAAGUCUAGGGCUAAUUCCCCUGCCCCAGGAUGGCCCAGGUUCUGGGAGCAGAGCGGGGGAGGGAGGGGGAAACAGGUAUCUGAAUAUGUGUCUCUUCCCCAUGUGCCUUCUGCCUGAAAUUGCAUUUGCCCAGAACAUACAGGGAGGGGUAUCUCUAGGUGGCUUGGAGAUAUUGGGAGGCGAGAGAGAGAGAGAGAGAGAGAGAGAGAGAGAGAGAGAGAGAGAGAGAGAGGAGAGAGAGAGAGAGAGAGACUUGUCUCUUGGUAACCACAAGCCCUCAACCGACACAGUCAGCACGGGACAUCAACCACCAUGAAGCUGGCUGUGAUGAGGCCCAGAGAGGCUGGUUCUGCUACCACAGCCACCUCAGGGGUUCAGGAACUGAGGCGCUGGGGAUCUCCGCUCCCCUCACCCCCCACAUACACACACCUGACUGGCUGCUUCUGUCUUUGCAAUAUGGUCUGCACCAGAGCGAGCCUCAGUCCUAGGUGUGGCUGAAGGUUUCCACCAAUCAAAAAUGAAAUGAGCUGAGCAGGGCCACGACGGCCCAGAAGUGAGGGGGUGAUCCAGUCCAACACUCUAGAGCGAAAGCUUGACUUAGCUCCCGUGAUCACAUCCUCAGAGAAGAGUGCCUUGGCUCCCUUCUAAAUCAGGCCUUCCCAUCUACUGCCUGCCAGGGUUGGUUGGUUGUUUGUUUUUGUGGGUUUGUUUUUGGUAUGUGUAUUUGUCUUCCCACUAGACAGUAAGCUUCCUAAGACCCAGACUGGGUCUGUUUUGUCUACUUGGCAUGCUUCCUACCUCCUGACUCAUAUUCGACAAAUGAAUGAAAAGUGAACGAAAUGCCCCUAAGAUCCAGCUUUGGGCCUCAAGGAAGGCUGGGCUCUGGUCUGUUUACUGAACGUGCUCCAGCUGGCCGAAUGUCACUUUCAAUUCUGCAAGUGGGGGUGGUGGCGGAGGAGGCAGGGUACACUCACAGGUCCCCCCCACCCCCAGGAAACAGAUGGUGAGAAUGCUUAACACAUUGCUGCUUCCCUCAGCACCUCCUGUGCCCUCACCCUCCUGCACCCAGCCGCAGCCCCAGCUCCUUUUUUCCUAGGGCCGAAAUGAAAUCAGCCAGAUGGGCUCCGCUAGCCAAUUCUUCUUCCUCCUCACUCUGCUAGGAAUCUGGGGGGUGGGGGGUGGGGUGAAUGAAAAUUCUGUAUUAAGUGAAUUCUUUUCUCUCUUCUCUUCACAAACUUCCCUGUCUUUCUCCAUUCUCUUCAACUUGUAUUCACACUUUUUUUUUUUCUUUAAUACUCCAAAACAAUUUCUCAGGUUGUAGCGUAACUCACUGUACUUCAAUCCAAUAGCAACACAUUCCUACUGUGGGCCGGGCACUGGACCAGGUGGGGGGCACACAGGUGAACAAGACACGAACCCCGCCCUCUAGGAAUCACAGAUGAUUGGAAGAAACAGGCAUGCCAGUCCAGUCGGGUCCGCAGCCUCGGUGUGGAGAGGAGCCCCCUAUGGCUGGAGAACCAGGCCGGAGCUUGGCGAGUAGGUGGCUUUUAUGGCAGGCAGCCAAUGGGAUGGGGCUCAGGAACCCUCCUUUCUGAAAAAGGGAAAGGCAUUCAGGUGGAGGAAACGCAGAGGUAAAAGCACAGUUGGAAAGAGCUGUGCAUGUGUGAGCAAGGACCGUUGGAGGCAAAUAUGGGAGAUAAGCUGCAAAGGCAGAUGGGGGCUAUUCAUGGAGGUUCCUGAAUUUCAGGUGAGGAGACUGGUCUGAAUCCAGUGGGCAAUAGGGAACCAUUGAAGGUUUAUGAGCUGUGGAGGAACAGACUCGGAAGGUUAACAGGACUGAGGCUGUGAGGAGAUGCCUGGUAAGGGGAGACAGAGGCAGGGAGACCCGUUAGAGCAGAGGGGUGGGAGGAGCCAAGUCCCCUGGGUGAUGGCUGGUGUCUCCUAACUGCCCUGCAGCCUGCGGUUGGUUUGCCUUCCCCACUUCUCUUUUUGUUUGCUGGUUUUCCCCAGUUUAAGCAAAGAAGGAAAUUCACAAACAUCAAGGAGCGGCUCUCCCUUCUUGUUCCUCCUCUGCUGUGUCUUAGUAUCUGGAAUCCCUCUGUAGGGUCUGUGGCUGAGAGAUGUCUUUUUUGCUCCAUCCCUGUCUUCGGAUGUCUACCCUCUGGGUUCAGGGGGGCUGUGCCUGAGCAGUCGGGUUGUCAGUAAAUCAUAGAAGUUGCCUGUCACCAAGGGACCUGCCAAAGGAGGGAGACCCUAGGGAACUACAAGACCCACACAAGUGAACAGCUAGAGAUCUGUUGAGGGUCAAAAUACUCUCCCAGCUCAGAGAGAGGGGAUCAGUGAGCCCUGCCUACCCCACACAGCUGGAAGGUGGAGAAGGUGGGUGGCCAAGGGUUUUGCUUUAGCCUCAUGCUCCAGACAUGGCCUUGGGGAAGGAAGAGCUGGGACAUGGUCAUGGAACACUGUCUGAGUCUCCUGGAUUGGCAGUGGGGGAGCAGUCCACCCAGAGAACUCUGGGAUUUUCUCAGGGGGAGGGGGAGGAUGUGGAGUCUGGACCCCAUUUUCCUCGCACCUCCAGGGCUCUGGACAGUAGUUUGUUGUCAACCUGACGGCCAUAGCUCCCCUGAGGGCUCAGCGUUUCAGGGAAUUCCCAGGCCCUGCAGGAGUCUCAGGAGGCUCCGGUGACCUUAUAGACCCCGGCUGGCCCUCCCCCGGGGGCGGGGCUCCAUGCGCCCGGGCUCAACCCCGGCCCCCGAGGGCCACUGAGUCCUGCACCUGCCCGGCCCCGGACGCGCCAUGGGACAACUGAUGGCCAAAUUGAUGGGCAUCUUCGGGAAACAGGAGCACAAGGUUAUCAUCGUGGGCCUGGACAACGCCGGAAAGUCCACCAUCCUCUACCAGUUCCUGAUGAAUGAGGCGGUCCACACAUGUCCCACCAUCGGCAGCAACGUGGAGGAGGUUGUUCUGCGAAAGACCCACUUUCUCAUGUGGGACAUAGGGGGCCAAGAGGCUCUGCGCACCACCUGGAACACAUACUUCUCCAACACGGAGUUCAUCGUCCUUGUGAUUGACAGCACGGACCGGGACAGGCUGCUGACCACUCGGGAGGAGCUGUAUAAGAUGCUGGCCCACGAGGCUCUGCGAGAUGCCUCUGUCCUGAUCUUUGCCAAUAAGCAGGAUCUGAAGGACUCCAUGACCACCGUGGAGAUCUCCCAAUUCCUCACCCUGAGUGCCAUCAAAGACCACCCAUGGCACAUACAGGGCUGCUGUGCCCUCACCGGGGAAGGGCUGCUUGCUGGGCUCCAGUGGAUGCAAUCUCGGGCCACUGCCAACUGAUGUCCCAGUCGGAGGCCAACCGGGAACUUCGGGGUUUAGCACGGACUACUUGGGUGGAAAACCCAAUUGACUAUUUAUUACUUUCCUACGAUUCUCUGGUGGGAGCAGGGGCAGCUACGGGCAGGGAGAAGCCGCUGCCCACCUAACUCCCCACAGAGGAGCUAGCUAGACUGUAUACUCUGAAUUGCCGCAGACAGGACAGCAAGUAAAGCUGCCCUCACUCCAUGGAACAGGCGUCCUUCUUGGAGACACAAGGAAACGUUGGGUGGAUUAGGGAGUGGAGCCUCUUUCCCUCAGUUCUGUAGGAAGAAUGGAGGGGCAGAGUAAGAGAGGCCUUUUUUUCCUAGAACCCCUCC